AUGGUUGUUAUUUCUGUUCGAAGUUUAUCGAAAACAUGUGUUCAGACAGUAUGGAAAUUAGGGCAAUUACUGCUGUUUAUAAUCAUUGUGCCACCGUUGAUCAAUUAUGCCUCAUUAAAACGUGAAGCACCUUUAUUAGCACAACAUGGUUUACCAUAUGAUAUUGGAUAUGGUCAAAAGUUGUUUUUACGUUGUCGAGGGCAAGGUGCACCGACAGUUAUUCUCGACGCACCAACGGGUAUGAAUUCUGAUGUCUGGAUUCCUUUGCAAGAAAAACUCAAGGCAAAAACUACAGUAUGUAUUUAUGAUCGCACUGGAUUAGGAAUGAGUGAUUCACCGCCAUCGAAAACGGUCAAAGAACAAUCAGACGAGAAAGAUGCGAAAAUAUCAAAACAUCGUGGAAUGGAUCACACCGUCGAAAAAAUGUCUGAAGACCUCAAUCGUCUUGUAACAGCUACAAGUCAACAGCCAAAGCCAUUUAUUCUUGUCGGUAGUGAUCUUGGGGCCAUUGUAGCUCGUUUUUAUACUCAAAUGUACGAAUUUGAUGUCAGUCACUUGUUUUUAAUUGAUCCGUUAGUUGAAACCUUAUUUGAUAAUCAACAAUGGAAAGAUUAUUGGUAUGAUAGGAUAAUUCCACGUUUACAUGCUAUGCAACUUUCAGCAGCCAUUGGUGUCAAUCGUAUGCUUGUUUUAACACAUAUGAUUGACAUCCCAUUAACACUAAGAACAUCUAAUGAAAUCGAAGAUGAUAAUAUCAAUAUCAAUCAUCGACAAAAACAUUUACUCUGCAAUGCUGCUCAUAUUAGUUCAGCAAUUCGAGAGCAUUUUCACAUGAAUGAAACAUUCUCACAAAUGAAAUUAGCUUGGCGAAUGAAAACUUUUCCAUCGAAUGUUUCAGUGACAAUCAUUAAUCGACGUCAGUAUGAUAAAAGCCUGCCGAACGAUUUAAAUAAAAUAUGGGAUGAUUCUCAAGAAUAUCUUCGCACACAGCUAUUCCGUAACCAAGCUCAACAUCGAAUAAAACGUUGA